AGGAGAGGAGAUUGGAGAACGGCAUCGAGCUAAACUAAGAAGCAGCCAGCAAUAAUUAACUUCGAGGCAAAAUGAAGAGGGGCGCAGCAUCGAUUCUGGUGUUCGUGUUCGUAGCCGCCGCGCUCUUGGCCGCUCGAUCCAAUGCUCGUUCCCAUCCCAAUGAGCAAGGGGGCAUCACAAGUCUCAACGACGACUACUGUCAGGGUCCUCCCUGCGACGUAUGUGGCAUUUGCACAAGGUCAUUGCCACCGCUUUGCAAUUGCGAGGAUGUGACUCUCCUGGGCUGCCGUGAAGACUGUCGUAGGUGUGAACCAGUCUUAUUUCCUCCCGGCUUCCGCUGUCUGGACAUGUACUACUACGAGUGCAAGAACUACGGUCAUCGGUUCGCCAAGCCUGCUGCUACUGUUAUUACUACUACUACUACCGAAUCAAUCAACUGAUCCGAUCCACCUACUACGUGUGUCUGUGUAUGCUGCUGGCUAGCGCAGCUUACUAUAUCUAUGUUCACUGCUUAAAUAAGAGAGGAACAUGCCAAUGAAUGAUUGCCUGUGAAUGAUGUUAUCAAUAAAUGCUAGCUCUCCGGCCAUAUCUAUCUAUUAAUUUUAAAGCAUGAGAGGAAUGAGAACUAUCUGAUUGAAUGUCUUUA